CCCUCCGCAUCCACCUUCGCCGUCGCGCUCCGCACGUCGGCUCAUCCACACCUCGCACCCCUCGCUGCGCUCUGCAUCUAGCCGCCGCGGAUCGGGCGCCUCCUUAGCGUCCCCGCGCCCGCCCUCAUCGGUGCGCCUUCGCCAUGGCCAUGCGUGCGCCCUACGCCCCGGCCUAUGCCGGCGGCGCAGGCGGCGGCGGCGGUGGUGGUGGCCCCUCCCGCGGGCCGAUGAGUCCGCCUGGGAUGCAGCCCAUGGGCGCACCGCAGUCCGCACCCGCACCAGCCGCCGCUCCACCACACAAGGGCACGCUCGCGCCCGGCACUCGCGUGCAGGUCGGCGCGCUGGCCGUCGUCGUCGUCAAGUACCUGGCAGAGGGCGGCUUCGCACACGUCUACCUCGUGCGCUCCUCACAGCCGCUGCCGCUGCCUGCUGCUGCCGGCGCGCCACCGGGCGCCGAGUACACGCACGUGCUGAAACGCAUCGCGGUGCCGGACAAGGAGGCACUGGCGAUCGUGCGAGGAGAGGUUGAGGUGCACCGGGCGCUGCGCUCGCAUCCCAACAUCGUGCACUUCAUCGAGGCCUCGGCCACGUCGCUGCCCAACGGCGGCUACGAGGUCUUCAUCCUGAUGGAGUUCUGCAGCGGCGGCGGGCUCAUCGAUCUCAUGAACGCGCGGCUUCGCACACGGCUUGCCGAAGCCGACGUGCUGCGCAUCUUCUGCGACGUCGGUGCAGGCCUCAGUGCCAUGCACCACGCCUCUCCACCUCUGCUGCAUCGCGAUCUCAAGGUCGAGAACGUGCUUCUUGCGCCCUCUACACGACCAGGAGGUGCCACGUACAAGCUCUGCGACUUUGGCAGCACCACUCCGAUCCUCUCGCGUCGCGCUCCGCGUUCGGCAGAUGAGGUGCGCCGCCUCGAGGCAGAGCUCAACCGCACCACGACGCUGCAGUACCGCGCGCCAGAGAUGGUAGACGUGGCGCAGCGCCGCGUCAUUGAUGAGAAGGCAGAUGUGUGGGCCAUGGGCGUGCUCCUCUACAAGCUCUGCUACUACACGACGCCAUUCGAGGAGAAUGGCGGUGGGCCACUUGCAAUUCUCAACGCGCGCUAUCGCUUUCCAAGCCAGCCGGCGUACAGCGAUGGCGUCAAGGCGCUUGUCGCCUCAAUGCUGCAGGAGCAGUCGGCAUCGCGGCCAACGAUCGACGAGGUGCUGAUGCGAGCGCACUCUCUGCUCGGCACGCCGGCGCCCGACAGCGUGGCGCACUACGCCAAGCUGGCGCAGAGCGGCAAGCAGAUGAGCGAGCUGCCCACGCUCACGUCGAGCAAGGGCGGCGUCGAGCUCGGCGCUGACGCUGCAGCCCGCGCACUGGCCUCGCAGCAGGCAAAGGGCCGCAUUGUGCCCGCGGCGCCGGGAGGCACGUCGGAUCUCAUCGAUAUGGCGCCGAGCGAGGAGGAGACCAGACGCGCAGAGGAGGCAGAGGCAAGGCGGCGCGCAGAGGGCAUCACGCCAAUGCGUCGCGGCAGGCCAGGCAAGACGCCGGGCGCCACCGCCACCAACGGCUCUCCAGCUCCUUCGCCCGCCCCAAAGCCAACGCCUGCGCCGGCUGCGAGAGUACCGAUGCAGCUCACAGGCCCGCGCAGUCCCGAUCCCUCGAUCAAGGUGGCACCAGCCUCUGCAGGCGGCUUCUCCGACACCUUCUCGCCGCCGACAGGCUUCGCCGACUCAUUCGCGCCCUCCAACGCUGGCUCGCCUGCUUCCGUGGCUACCACACAUACUGCGCCGCAGUCUGCCGGGCUGCGUCUUCCACCAGGCUCGGCGAACGAGCUGCGCACCACGCCGCUGAAUCACAGCCCAGCGCUGCCGGGCUUUGGCAGCAAUGCGCCUUCGCCGCGAGUCAGUCCACUGCCCUCGCCGGUCGCGCCGGCGGCUCGCUCCGCUCCGUCCGGCAGCGCAGUGCCAGCCGUCAAGUCCAAGGCGCAAGAUGACGAGGCCUCGUCACGCUUCCCCAGUGUUGCCGAGCUGGACGCACGCUACGCCUCGCCGCCGGCAGCGGAGCGCAAGGAGGAGCGAGCGCCGCUGCCUGGCAUUUCUCAGCGCGAGUCGGUCGGCGCAGUGGCGAGCCGCUUUGCCAGCGGCAGCAGCAGCAGCAGCGCCUCGAAUGCGCCCAGCGCUAGCAGGCCGACGGACUUUGGCGCCUCGCUGACUGCGCGCUGGCCGCCGCUUGCGGGCUCUGCAUCGCCUCUGGCCACGCCCUCACAGGCGCGCAAGAGGCCUUCGAUCGAGCACCGCCACUCAGUCAGCGGCACGCCCGGCUCGCGCACCGUCAGCUCGGAGCGCAAGGCGCCCGAAGGGUCCACUAAGGCGCCGACGCUGCCGACGCGCAAGCCAAUGCCGCAGGACUGGCUCACUGCCGAGCUGGACCACUCGGCACAGGCCAGCGGCGAGAGCAAGACACAGAAGCUUGCUGCGCCGGCUGUUGUGCCAGAGAAGGCCGCCUAUCGCAGUCCUGCGCGCUACGCUGCCGAGCGCCUGCCUGAUGUGGUCACGGACGCGCCGGCAGCGCCGCCGAAGGCAGUGCCGGUGGACGACAGCGACUCGAGCGGCGAUGAGGGACCAGAGGAGGUCGAGUACAGCCCGCGGCGGCCCGUCAGUAUGGCCGUGUCGCCCUCAUAUGGCAAUGCUUCUCGCUCUGGCAGAACGUCGCCCGGCCGCAUCAAGAAGCCCUCGUGGCUUGUCGAGGCCAGCAAGCCGGCCAGCAGUGCCUCACUGCAGGCCGCAGUCUCGCCGCGCCUGCAAGAUGCGCCCGCAGUGCCACUUUCGGAGGCGGAGAAGGCGCCCUCGUCGGCGGAACGGGCGCCCUCGCCGGCUUUCGACGUCACCUCGCCCGAGCCGGCCUCCGCUCGCUCGCCCCAGCCGUCUUCUGCUCGCUCGCCUCAGCCGAGCGAGGCGCGCUCACCCCAGCCGGCUGCUGCGCGCGUGCCGGCGUGGGACGAGGAUGAUGAGGAGAUGCGGGCCAUGCCGCCGCCGCGUCUCGAUGGGCAGUACAUCCAUCGCGCGCCAUCGGGCACGGUGGGCACGCUCAUCGACAUCGGCGGCAGCCGGCAGGCUUCGUACGACGAGGGCUACACUCAGAAGAUUGCUGAGAAGCCUGCCGCGGAGGCUGCUACGCCGCCGGCCGCCGAUGCCGGCAUCUCUCCCUUUGCGCCGACAGUCAAGCGCUUCGCAGACGCCGCCACGUCGCCGACGAUCUCGUCGACCGAGAAAGAUGAACGCCGCGCGCCCGUGGCACCCGUGCCGCGCAAGGGCACGGCAGAGAGCAUGGUCUCGCGCUACGAGAAUCUCACCCUCAGCGGCUCGCGUGCCGACAGCUCGACGGCGGCCAAGAACAUCGCGCGCUCGCGCUCGGCCUCGCCGGCGAAGCUGACGUCCCGCCCUGCUUCGCCUGCAAAGCCAAGCAAGCAGGAUGAUGAGGCGGAAGACUUCAAGUCUCGCUUCCCCAGCGUCGAGGUCAAGCAGCCAAAGGAGCCUCACUCGGCUCCGGCGCGCGCCGCCUCGCCCGCCAAGACUAGCAGCACCGAGAAGGCGUCUCGCCCGCGCGACUUUUCGCCUCCUCGGCGCGCCAAUACGCUCGCAGCGCCGGUGCCGUUUGGCAGCAAGGACGGCGACGAGGAGGAGAGCAAGCCCCAAGCGCGGCUGGCGCAGCCCGGUCGUCCGGCGCCCGGCUCGCUGGUGCGCGAGCGGCAGCGCUCCCUCGUGGGCGCCUCGAAGCCGGACGUGAUCGUGCCAAUCAUGCCGCGCGCCACUCGUCCUGUCUCCUCGCGUCCGGCCCCGCAAGCGAACGCCUCGCUCAAGCCAUGGGAGCGCGACGCGGCCGAGCGCGAGGCGGCGAGCAAGGGCGGCGUGGUGCGUGGGCGCGUGACGGCUGCUUCGCCGCGCGACGACGACUCGGGCGGCGAGGGCUUCAGCGGCGUCGGACAGCUGGUCUCGCAGUGGCAGACGAAUGCAGCGAACGGCGCGCGCGGCUGGGGCAAGGUGGGCGAGCCACGACGCCUGCCGGGCAACCCGGCCGAGGCAAAGCUGAGCAGCGAGGCUGCCGCUCGCGUCAAUGGCGAGGAGAGCACGACGCUGCGGCGCUCGAGCACGAUGAGCCAGCUCAACUCGGGCCGCCAGCCGGGCCGCGAUGUCUGAGAGGGCCGGCGCCCAUGUAAUGCCUGUGCACGGAAUAGAUGACGAACGAGCGCCCAAGCUCUUGAUGAACUGGA